AUGGACUCAAGGACUAUUGGUAUUCUGGGUGGUGGCCAGCUGGGCCGUAUGAUUGUAGAGGCUGCCAACCGAUUGAAUGUGAAAACGGUGGUUUUGGAUGCAGCAGGGUCUCCAGCUAAGCAAAUUAACAGUGUUGGGGAACACGUUGACGGAUCCUUUACGAACCCGGAUGAUAUUGAGAAGAUUGCAGCUAAGUGUGAUGUGCUUACUGUGGAAAUUGAACAUGUGGACGUGGCUACGUUGAAGGGUUUGCAGAAGAAAUUCCCUGAUUUGAAGAUCUACCCAUCUCCGGAGACUAUUGAACUAAUCCAGGAUAAGUAUUUGCAAAAAGAGCAUCUAAUCAAGAAUAAGAUUGCUGUGACGGAAAGUGUAUCAGUUGACACGCCAAGCGUCAACACUCUCGCUGGAGUGGGUGAGAAGCUUGGAUAUCCGUUCAUGUUGAAAUCCAAGACUUUGGCGUAUGACGGCAGAGGCAACUUUAUUGUGAAGAGCGAAAAGACGAUCCCUGAAGCGUUGGAGUUCUUGAAGGACCGUCCUUUGUACGCGGAAAAAUGGGCGCCUUUUAAGAAGGAGCUGGCCGUUAUGAUCGUGCGCUCCAUUGAUGGCCGUGUGUUUUCGUAUCCGACCGUUGAAACGGUUCACAAGGAUAACAUCUGCUUUGUGUGCUACGCCCCGGCAAGGGUGCCAGACUCUAUUCAGUUGAAAGCGAAGCUGCUUGCUGAAAAUGCUGUGAGAGCUUUCCCCGGUUGUGGUAUCUUUGGGGUCGAGAUGUUUUACUUGGAGAACGGCGAAUUGUUGAUCAACGAGAUUGCUCCAAGGCCCCACAAUUCCGGCCAUUACACGAUCGAUGCGUGCGUGACCUCACAGUUUGAAGCUCAUGUAAGGGCCGUUCUGGAUCUACCAAUGCCUAAGAACUUCUCAUCAAUGGCAACCUCUACCACCAAUGCCAUCAUGCUCAACAUUCUCGGUGACGAGAAGGAGAAGAAUAGAGAACUGCAGAUUUGCAAGCGUGCUCUCGAGACCCCAGGUGCGUCCGUCUAUCUCUACGGGAAAGAGUCCAGGCCAAAGAGGAAGAUGGGCCACGUCAACGUCGUAACGUCUUCUAUGGAAGAGUGUGAAAGAAGAAUGUCCUAUGUCGUCGGCAAAAUUAAAGAUUUGCCAAAGAUCUCGGCCGCCUCGAAGAUAGACCACGAAGCUGAGAAGAUUCCACUGGUUGGUGUUAUAAUGGGCUCAGAUUCAGAUUUACCCGUUAUGUCUGCGGCUUGCGAUGUGUUGAAACAAUUCGAAGUGCCAUUCGAGGUAACCAUCGUGUCGGCUCACAGAACUCCUCAUAGAAUGAGCAAGUAUGCCAUUGAAGCUUCUCAGCGUGGUAUCAAAGCCAUAAUUGCUGGUGCUGGGGGCGCCGCUCAUCUGCCCGGCAUGGUUGCGGCAAUGACUCCAUUGCCAGUCAUCGGUGUUCCCGUGAAAGGCUCUUGUUUGGACGGUGUCGACUCUCUUCAUUCCAUCGUUCAAAUGCCUAGAGGCGUCCCUGUGGCAACCGUCGCUAUAAACAAUAGCACGAACGCAGCGCUGCUGGCUAUCCGUCUCAUUGGUGCAUUCGACGCUUCGUUGCAUCACAAGAUGCAGCAUUUCUUGCUGAGACAGGAAACAGAUGUUCUCGAGAAGGCCGCCAAGCUCGAGAGCGAAGGCUACAAGAAGUAUCUUGAUUCUAAGUAG